AACAAAACGUCAACCAUCUUGCGUCAAGAGCCUGCCUCCACAUGACGCUUCGUUGAUGCAUACCGGUUUAAAGGGCUAAUCAUAUUUAAUAUCGCCUGAAAUAAAACAGUAAGUGAUUUGUGCACAGUACUAAUUAUACAGUGAUCAGAAAUAGUCAGUAGUUAAAUUGUGGUGCCGUAUUAUCAACGUAGAAGCUAGAGUUCGCGGCAUCACCCGAAGCCUGGAGUGCCGUUAUUUAUCUACAACAACAAAACUGGAAAAAGAUGAGCUCCAGGAAUGGAAGAAGACACCGUAAAAAGACUGUUGACGAAAGCCCACCUUUCAGGCCUCCAUCAGUUAGGAAAGAGGAGUCUUUGAAAGUAAAACACUUUGAGCCAGCACCAGUCGCUGUUGUAUCAUUGUCAGAGGAAAAUGGAAAGGUGGAAAUCAAAAGACCAGAGACACCAGUCCAAGUUGCAACUGAGAUAAACAACACUCCAGUUACAGUGGCAAUCGAAUCAACUGUUGAUACCACAAAUGGUAACAAUGGAAAUGAUCAUCAACAAAAUGUUGUUGUUGUGGAAGAAGCUGAUAUUGAGUUAGCUGUGAGUGAACCUGAAUUAGAACCACUUGUUGUGGACUCAGAGGAACAAGAAUUACAGUUUGAUGACAAUUCGGAUAUUGAUUCACACAAAGGUUCGCCGGUGUUGACCAACCGGUGCGCGACUCGACGAUCGCAGACCAGAAAUAUUCCUACGCCAAAGACACCUCGAGUAAAUGAUCAAAACGGUGAGGAGAAAGAACAAAUUGAAGUGCCGAAUGAACAAAAUGGAUGCGUUGCAGAGAAGCAAGACGCUAUUGACAAUAAGGAACAUCACAAACAAGAGGAUGCCGAGAGCAAUACUCUAGUGUUAGAUGCAAACAUGGAAACGCCGCCACCGACUGAGGAAAACUUGAGCGUUCACUUUCCGGAUGGUGAAGUGAAACAAUCUGAAAUUAAUGAUAAGAAUAGCAUCAACUUGUCUGUGGAGUCUUGUGAAUCAGCACUAAGCACUCAAGUGAAUGUCGGUGGUGAUGUUACAAGAGAGGUUGAUCUCACUCUGCCUGAUGAAAACAGUUUUCUGAACACUGCCAAAGACUUGACGGUGGUGGAAACAUUGCGUCGCAUGUCUUCACGUCGUGGAAUUCGCUCAGGUUCGUCAGAUUAUCGCAGGACGCUGCUAAAAUCUCAAGCGGAAAAAUACGAUAAUCUUCUGCAGCAGCAACGUGCUUCUAUGGAGCGUAUCACGUCGACGAAACGCAAAACACGCAGCAAGACUCCCGAAAAUCCGAAACGUUUCAAAACUGAAUCCUCACCAGGCUUUUUCUCAUACAUUUCCAGCCCGCUCUCAAUGUUACGCAAUCGUUUCAGCAGCGGAGAGUCGAUGUCCGCCAGCACGCCCAAAUUGACUGGGUACAGAGAACAAGAAGCAAUGGAAGAUCCGGAACUCAGCAAGAUUGAAGACUCCAAGGCGCCCGUCGACAAGAAGCGAUGCGUUAUUAUGUAAGCCCUACUCGUAUCGUAGUUGUGUGACUUAAGGAAAUAUGAUGAUGCAGUUUUAUUUAGCGAUUUUGAGUUUAUAUUCUAAGCACUUUUUAUUGCAAGUAGACUACAUUUUUUAUAUAUAUAGAAUUUCCCUACAUCAUACUUGUUCUGUUACAUAUGUGAAUUGCAUCCAGUUUUGUAUUUGUUAAAUAUCAUUUGGAAAUCGAUCUAUUUUCUAUAAGUAAAGUUGUACAAAAAUUACAACAAACGAUGUAUAUCAUAACGAAUUGAAAUGUAACGUAUGUAUGUAUGCACUAGUAUUUUAAUAUAAGUCUGAAGUAUUAAUUUACUCACAUACUGCAUUCAAGUAUCAUCUCACUGACAUGUUUCAGAUCUAUAUUUUUAAGACGUAAAAUAAUUACGAUGUAGUUAUGCAAUUUACUCAAAUAAAUUUUAAAUACAAUAA